AUGCCAGAGCCGGAACCAAUCCUGCUCUCGCCCUUAAGGGCUCACGACAUGGUCGUUGAACCCUUUAAUAACGGUUCGGGACCUGAAGUGGCCUACCCGGACAUCGAUUUUGCCGGUGGCCGGCCGGACACUGGAACGGAGGCAAGCGAAUCGCUACAGUAUACCCCACGACCGCAUGCUCCCGUGCCAUUCGACUGCUUGGAGAAUGAAGGCAAUGAAAACGAAGAUCGUCGACUUAGUGAGACGGUGAAACAAUCAGAUGCGAAGCCUAUCCAGGUGGCCAAGGCAUCGGGCUGGCUUGCACAGAUCAAAACAGCGGUAACAAGAUCCGCAUGCCAGGCGACAGCCUCAGCUAUCACCAAACAGCCAAUCGACACAGACGACAUACAACUGAUGCCAACACUGAUGCAGAGGCGCACUCACCAUCCCUCGCAGCUUCCUUCGGCCUCUCCUCUUCGCCUGUCACUAAAGACGCAGGUCCACAACAUGGGUACAUCCAAGAGCCAGAAGACCACGUGGGAAUGGAACGAAGAAUCGGCGGUGCAAGACACGAUCAAGAACCAAGCUAAAAACGCGACGACCCAUAGAGAAGCCAAAAAAGCGUCCGACAAGUUUCUUGAAGCCACCACGGGAAAUGAACCGAAGCAGAGAGGGGACGAAGGUCAGGGUCCAUUAGACGGGCCCAGAGGUGAAGCAAGCGAGGAAUAUGUGGUCGUAGAGUGA